GGUUUCGGUAAAGCUGACCAUCAGAUUACAGUUGAUUUGCUCAAAACAUUUUAUAAGGAUUAUAAUAUAACAUACUCCAAUGAUGGGUAUUAAUGCCUUUAUUACAACUGUUAAUAGAAACAAGAAGGGGAUUACUCUUGUUGAACCUGCCUUACUCGAGGCUGUUAUAUCAGUACAUUAUUGCUUUAUUAAAAAAGUGCAGACAUGAUUUUCCCAAGCUUUCUUUAACAUUUUCCUAUUUAACUGUACGCUUUUUCAAUCUUCCUCUAUGAAAAUGUAAGGUCCCAGUGCACAAUUAAAGCACCAUAGCUUUGACAAUUGUUAUGUAAUAUCUGGUAUACUCAUGUCGUAAAAUAAAUGUUUUUUUCAUUGAAA